AAAAUACUUUUUCUACUUUUGGGGAAGCUCGUGCUUUUGUAGAAAAUUAUGUAGCACAAACCAAUAUUGUUACAAUUUUGAGAAAGACAACCAGAAAUUCGGAAGGUAAUAGUUAUAGACAGGCAUUUUUCAUUUGCGAGAAACAGGGUGCUAUAAUAGAAAAAAUAAUGCAUAUGCUACUAAGUGAACAGUAUAAUCAUGUUAUUUAUCCUGAUGCUAGAAAAUUUAGUAUCAAUAUGCGUAAAAUAGAUCAGAAUGAGCUAAGCAUGAUUGAAGAUCUUUACAAUAAGGGACUUCGAACAAAAGACAUUUACACUGUCUUAGCAUCCGUGAGCUCGAAAACUUUAGAAAAUGAUAAAAACAUUAUUGCAAGUAUUGCUACUAAAUCUGCAUAUAACAAUGAGCAUGAUCAAGAUGGAUCAUUUAUCCAAGCAAUCUUCUGGGCUUAUUGA